GCCACGUCAUGCGUGACGGUGGCAUCGUAGGGAGAGGAGGAGGAGGAGGAGGAGGAGGAGGAGGAGGAGGAGGAGGAGGAGGAGGAGGAGGAGGAGGAGGAGGAGGAGGAGGAGGAGGAGGAGGAGGAGGAGGAGGAGGAGGAGGAGGAGGAGGAGGAGGAGGAGGAGGAGGAGGAAGAGGCGAGGAGGAGGUUGGAGCAUCCUACGUGGAGGGAGGACCUGCGAAGCACACGGGAGAAAUGCAAGAGAGGAGGAUGGCAGGUUAAGAAUGGAUUGCACAAAGCCUGUG